AUGGUCUCAACCAGUGCUCUCGCUCCUACUCAUGGAGCUCAAUGUGUAUCAUCUGGACUAGGCCACCAUUUUGUCAGCCCGAAGAAAUCCAGAGAUAAGAAAAAAUCUCAGACACACAUUGAGUUACCUGGCGCGCAAGCCAAACACCGUCAACUGCUAGCUCGUAUGCAACAACUGAUGAAACCAGAGCACAAACAGACCAAAGUUCAUGCUGUAGAUGCAGUUGAAACUGUCUCUGAUACUAGUCAGACUGACGCCUUAGCCGAAAUUCCUGAUCCAGACUUCGAAAUACCAUCAGAACCUUCUUCCGACAUACUUGCGCAAGAAUCUCAUAUUAAACGUCGCAUUUUACCUGACAAGGCCACAGACUCAUUGUAUAGCAGUUGGAAAACAUUGAUACCCUUCCUUGUUGAACCACAUCUCAAAUAUUCUGCGCAAACGCUAGCAACAGCACUGGAGAUUACCCCUGAGGUCAUCUCUGCAUGCGCCACACAUUUGUGCCCUCAAAAGUGA